CGCUUGCCCAAUUAAUUGUACCUGCGGUAACUUACAGUAGUUGCAAGUUCCUUCCUUCCUUCAUCACCACCAUUCACCAUCUCUCCCUCUUUACGCAAGUAUCAUCCUCUCCACCACCAUGUCCAGCGAGAAUUUCAAUAUCAUCGAGCAUGUCAUUCCAGGUUGUCACAUUCGGGAGUAUCCCGGAAGUACGGUCAAUCAGGAAGAUGUUUUGCAGCUACAUAUCAAACAGUAUACCCCCAAGAACCAAGCCCAGCCGGUGCCGAAUGAUGCUGUCACAAUCAUUGCCGCUCACGGAGCCGCUCUUCCUAAGGAACUGUAUGAGCCGUUAUGGGAUGAAAUUUUGGAUCAAGCCACCAACUUUCAGAUCCGUAGUAUCUGGGUCGCCGACUGCGCCAGUAUGAAUAUGAGCGGCAUCUUGAAUGAGGACAAACUCAGCACGGACUGUUCCUGGAUGGACCAUUCGAGAGAUCUCUUCCUGAUGAUCAACCACUUUCGCGAGCAAAUGCCGCGUCCGAUCGUUGGGGUCGGACACAGCUUCGGUGGGAAUAUCAUGACCAAUCUCGCGUAUCUACACCCGCGCCUUCUUACCACACUCUUACUGAUUGACCCCGUGAUCCAAUUAACCCCACCGGCGAUGGGGUUCGGCACUGACGCCACCGGGCCGAUCAACUACACGCUGCAUCGCCAGGAUGUCUGGCCUAGCCGGGAGGCAGCUCUCCGUGCCAAUCGUGCGUUGACGUAUGGCUGGGAUCCUCGCUGCGUGGCUCGCAUGGCUCAAUAUGGGUUCCGCCAGCUUCCCACCGCGCUGUAUCCCGACGUAGAGGCUGUGAAAAUGGGGUUCGAAAGUACAACAACAUCUGCAUCCUCUUCCGCCCGUCCCCUACAAGACCCACCCUCACCCACCACAGCCCCCGUGACCCUUACAACAAGCAAGUACCACGACCUCCUGGCCCAGAUCCGAGAGAACUUCAGCGCCCGAUUGCCCGAUGGCCGGAUCGCCGCCUCGCGCGCUACACACGCGGACCUCGACCCGCUCGCCGCCUUCAUCCCGCUGUAUCGCCCCGAGCCCCGGAGUGUCUUUCUCCGGCUGCCAACUCUACGGCCAUCGUGUCUGUGGGUUCUGGGUGGAACCACGUACCUGAAGCUCGACGAGAUCCGCGAGGGAAUUAAGACGUGCGGGACCGGCGUCGGAGGAAGCGGGGGGAUUCCCGAGAGGAGGGUCCAGGAGGUCACGUUACCGGGACUGGGCCAUCUGAUGCCGUUUCAGGCCGUCAAACAGGUUGCGGAGCCCUGUGUGGCGUGGCUGGAGUCCGAGAUGGAGCGUUUCCGCGAGGCGGAGAGGCUAUGGGCGGAGGGGCGGAAGGGGAAAAGUCAUCUCGCCUUGGAAGAGACCUGGUAUCGAGUGCUGAAGCCGUUGACAGUUCCAGGUGGGAAGGGAAAGGAAAAGGAAAAGGAAAAGGGAGAAGGCCGGAAAGCUAGAAAGGACAAGCUGUAG